AACCCGCCAAUUGCCCAGCGCCACCAUGGCUCACUCGCCGUCCUCGUCGUCGGCGGCUGACGACCCCGCCGAGAACACGGCCGACGAGGAAGAUUCCGAAGACUACUGCAAGGGCGGUUAUCACCCCGUCCAGAUUGGCGAAAAGUUCAAGGACGGCAAGUACACGGUUGUGCGCAAGCUGGGCUGGGGUCACUUCUCGACCGUCUGGCUGUCGCGGGACAACACAAACGGCAAACACGUCGCGCUCAAGGUGGUGCGCUCCGCCACCCACUACACGGAGACGGCCGUCGAUGAGAUUAAGCUUCUCAACAAGAUCGUCCAGGCCAACCCCAACCAUCCCGGCCGCAAACAUGUCGUCAGCCUCCUCGACUCGUUCGAACACAAGGGCCCCAACGGAACCCACAUGUGCAUGGUGUUUGAGGUGCUGGGCGAGAAUCUGCUAGGCCUCAUAAAGAGAUGGAACCACCGCGGUAUUCCCAUGCCUCUUGUCAAGCAAAUCACCAAGCAAGUCCUGCUUGGCCUGGAUUACCUACACCGGGAGUGUGGCAUCAUCCACACCGAUCUCAAGCCCGAAAACGUCUUGAUUGAAAUUGGAGACGUUGAGCAGAUUGUCAAGAAGGUCGUCAAGCCCGAGACGCCCGACAAAGAGAACAACCGCAACGGCCGCAGAAGACGUAGGACGCUCAUUACUGGCAGCCAGCCGUUGCCAUCUCCCCUCAACGCCAACUUCAACCACAACAACCUAUUCCCAUCAUCAACUUCCCAGGGCAGCCUGGCUGGAAUGCUGGAAGGUAAGAACAAGGACGGAUCGCCAAAGGCCGACGACGCUCAUAAGAGAGAAAAGUCUGCUGACCUCCUGACUCGCGAAGUGUCGGGUAUCUCUCUAGACAAAUCCAGCACGCCUUCGUCGGGCUCAACCGGCGACAAGCGCAAGGCGGAUGAUUCGCAUGCGUUUGAGGUGAUUAGCGUCAAGAUUGCCGACCUGGGCAAUGCAUGCUGGGUCAAUCACCACUUCACCAACGAUAUUCAAACGCGACAAUAUCGAUCUCCAGAGGUGAUUCUAGGCGCAAAGUGGGGUGCAAGCACAGAUGUCUGGAGCAUGUCUGCCAUGGUGUUCGAGUUGAUUACGGGCGACUAUCUCUUCGAUCCCCAGUCUGGCACUAAGUAUGGCAAGGACGACGACCACAUCGCGCAGAUCAUAGAGCUGCUGGGCCCCUUCCCACGAUCCCUGUGCCUCAGCGGCAAAUGGAGCCAGGAAAUAUUCAACAGAAAGGGAGAGCUCCGGAACAUUCAUAGGCUGAGGCACUGGGCUUUACCAGACGUCCUGAGAGAGAAAUAUCAUUUCAAAGAGGACGAGGCUAAGCGCAUCUCGGCCUUUUUGACUCCGAUGCUCGAGCUCGUGCCAGAGAAGCGCGCUAACGCCGGCGGCAUGGCAGGGCACCCGUGGCUGGACGACACGCCGGGCAUGAAGGGCGUCAAGAUCGAGGGGUUGGAGGUUGGCAGCCGUGGAGAGGGAAUUGACGGCUGGGCCACCGAGGUGCGGAAACGAUGAACUGGAGCUCUAUAUAGACGGACAGGAGCCAUGGAUCAAGCCAUGUUGCGCAAUGUAUUUUUGGACCAUACUACGCCGCCAACUAAUGAGAUGGAUGGUAGAAGAUUUCGGUGCCCGGGUAUGGUCGAAAGAUGCCCAGGGUAGCCUUUCAAAGUCAAGGUAGAUAUGAAAAAUGAUUCCCUUACGAAACGAACAAGCGAGAGGGGCGGGACAAACAAACGAAAACCACAAAAAAAA